GAAAUAGUUUCGGAAACAACAAUGGCCGAGGAGCUCCGAAUGGUUAAUUCACUAUUAUCACAUGACUUACAAAAUGGCAGCCCCUAGGUUCUGUGAUGGGUUCUGCUUAUUUUUAAUUUUGUGAAGAAAGGUUUUAUAAAAUGGCUAUACUGCCAUAACGUUUCUUCCACCAAGCUGGAGAAUACCAUUUAGUUAUGUUGAAUGAUUGAUUGAAACAAUCACACCAAUACAGUGGACUAUAAAGAAAUAGGGAACAAACAAAGAUGGCAUCAAGCUUAGAUGAAAGUAUAGACCUGAAGAAACAGUUUCACACCACACUGGCAUUGGUCAGAACAAUUUCUGCAUUUUUAACAGAGAUGGAAAAUGUGUGCAAGCCUCAUGUUGACAGAAUUUCAAACUUACUUGAGCAAUACCAAUGCUGUGCUGAUGUUGACCCAUUACUUCUGCCAAGAAAAGUGGACUUCAUGGAUAUCAAAAAGAAACUGCUGUUUAAAAUCACCCAGGAAAUAAACAAAGAAAUUGAUGCUGUUCUUGUCUUUGUGCGGAAACUGGGGCAUUACUCAGACAGGCUUUGUCACCACUGUGAUCACUGUAUGAGCCGUUACAGAAGUAGCUUCUCCACCAUGGACACAGAAAUUGUCACACAAGCCUCACCCAAACAGCCAUCCAUCACGGACAUUCUGGAGAUGUUGGACGAGUGUUGUCGUGGUGUGCGGGAGAGGUUCCUGUGUAAGCAGCUCCUUCUGACUUCACUGGACUCUGCCCACCCAAGGGUGGGGGAUUCCCUGGGGAGAGACUGGGGGGAAGGGGAUAGGGCGGUAUGCAGUCAUCUUACAGAGUGCCUUACGGUGUGUGGGGAUGUUUUAGGAUCAUAAUUUGAGACACUUUAUGGAUAUUUCAUCAUGUUGGAAAUACCGAAGGCUGGAUUUGUUGUUUGUUUGAACAAGAUGAGACCAGAUACUACCACUCUGGGUAGUAACUUGAGCAAGACCCAUAGUGCAGGUGAUAUGUGCUGCAGGUGAUGUGCGCUGCAGGUGAUGUGUGCUGCAGGUGAUGUGCUGCAGCUGAUGAGCUGCAGUUGGGGUGCUGCAGGUGAUGUGUGCUGGAGGCGAUGUGCUGCAGGUGGUUUGCUGCAGGUAGUGUGGUUUGAGUCAAGCUACUUGGACUAAAGUGUUUCUCUUUGGAGCGUAUCUUAAUUUUCUUGAAUAGACAAUAAAAUGUGUGAUACAUGGGCAUAUCUUGGUUAAUUAAAAAUCUUUCUAUGUUUGCUUAAAACAUUAAUACAUUCAGAUUGAAAGCUGUCUAGGCAGGCAAUAUUAACCUUGUUGGCAAAGAUGAUUUCAAAGUUAUAGAACCUAUAAACAGGGCUUACAAAUUUGAACUGGAAGUAUGAACCAUGGCAUUUGAGGAGCAUCCAUCACUUCCAGCGAUACUCUUGUUUUAAUAUUUGUCACCUUAAACAUGUCAACUUCAAAAAGUUUGGAGUCAAACAAUUCUUUUUGAUAGAAUACUUAUAUAUAUAUUUUGAAUGUCGAAACCUUCACAUUUGAAAAUUAUGAAAGCCUGGCAUUGAAGGAAACAGAGAUUACAAAAAAAUAUAUGUGCGCAGACUUUGUAGUAUUUUGUUAUGAUGUAAAAUAUGCAAUAAAAUAUUUCUCCGAUGUUUAUUAUAUGUUCAUGUAACAUGUACUCCUUGAAUAAAUACAAAACAAUG